AUGGCUACCACUACUAGCAUCCGGCAAUUUUCAAGCUCCAGCUCCGUUAAGGGCCUUUGUGCUCCUGGCGGGGGAUUCUCCCGGAUGUCCUCUGUCCGUGUUGGGGGCGCUUGCCGGGCUCCCAGCCUCUUGGGAGGCGGCAGCUGUGGCAAUAUGUCGGUCACAUCCUCCCGCUUCUCAGCAGGCUUGGGAAGCAGCUAUGGUGGCGGCUACACCUGCAGCUUGGGUGGGGGCUUUGGCUCCAGCUUUGGUGUGUCGGAUGCCCUUCUAGGGGGUGGUGAGAAGGAGACCAUGCAGAACCUCAACGACCGCCUGGCCACCUACUUGGACCGGGUGCAUGCCCUGGAGGAGGCCAACACUGACCUGGAGGUGAAGAUCCGUGACUGGUACAAGAAGCAGGGCCCUGGACCCGCUCGUGACUACAGCCCCUACUUCAAGACCAUAGAGGACCUGCGGAACAAGAUCCUGGCAGCCACAAUUGACAACGCCAGCAUCGUGCUGCAGAUCGACAAUGCUCGCCUGGCGGCCGAUGACUUCCGCACCAAGUAUGAGACAGAGCUGAACCUGCGCAUGAGCGUGGAGGCUGACAUCAACGGCCUGCGCCGGGUGCUGGAUGAGUUGACCCUGGCCAGAGCCGACCUGGAGAUGCAGAUUGAGAGCCUCAAGGAAGAGCUGGCCUACCUGAAGAAGAACCAUGAGGAGGAAAUGAACGCCCUUCGUGGCCAGGUGGGCGGGGAUGUCAGCGUGGAAAUGGACGCGGCCCCGGGUGUGGACCUGAGCCGCAUCCUGAAUGAGAUGCGUGACCAGUACGAGAAGAUGGCGGAGAAGAACCGCAAGGAUGCCGAGGACUGGUUCUUCACCAAGACGGAGGAGCUGAACCGCGAGGUGGCCACUAACACGGAGGCCCUGCAGAGCAGCCGGACGGAGAUCACGGAGCUCCGCCGCUCUGUGCAGAACCUGGAGAUUGAGCUGCAGUCCCAGCUCAGCAUGAAAGCAUCACUGGAGAACAGCCUGGCAGAGACAGAAACACGCUAUGGAGCCCAGUUGUCGCAGCUGCAGGGCCUCAUCAGCAGCGUGGAGCAGCAACUGUGUGAGCUGCGCUGUGACAUGGAGCGGCAGAACCACGAGUACCAGCAGCUGCUGGAUGUGAAGACCCGGCUGGAGCAGGAGAUCGCCACUUACCGCCGCCUCCUGGAAGGAGAGGACACCCACCUGGCUACUCAGUACUCAUCCAUGACCUCGCAGCCCUCCCGAGAAGCCAUGGUGACCAGCCGCCAGGUACGCACUAUUGUGGAAGAAGUUCAGGAUGGCAAGGUGGUCUCCUCCCGCGAGCAGGUGCACCGCUCCACCCACUGA